UGCUGGUGGUCGGUGAUGGUCUGUGACUGUUGCUGUGUCUCCCACCCUCAGUUCGCUGCCUGGGUUGAUGCCGUGGUGUUUGUCUUCAGCCUGGAGGACGAGAUCAGCUUCCAGACAGUGUACAACUACUACCUGCGGCUCUGCAGCUACCGGAACACGGCGGAGGUGCCGAUGGUGCUGGUGGGCACACAGGAUGCCAUCAGUGCCACCAACCCUCGUGUCAUCGAUGACUCUCGGGCACGGAAGCUCUCCAAUGACCUGAAGCGCUGCACGUACUACGAGACCUGUGCCACCUACGGGCUGAACGUGGAGAGGGUCUUCCAGGAUGUGGCUCAGAAGGUGGUGGCUCUGAGGAAGAAGCAGCAGCUCUCCAUCGGUCCCUGCAAGUCCCUGCCCAACUCACCCAGCCAUUCGUCUGUCUCCGCAGCCUCCAUCCCUUCUGUUCACAUCAACCAGGCCACCAACGGCGGAGGAGCCUUCAGCGACUACUCCUCCUCGGUGCCCUCCACCCCCAGCAUCAGCCAGCGGGAGCUGCGGAUCGAGACCAUCGCUGCCUCCAACACACCCACCCCCAUCCGCAAGCAGUCCAAGCGGCGCUCCAACAUCUUCACGUCUCGGAAGGGCGCGGACGCAGAGCGGGACAAGAAGGUGCCGGAGUGCAAGGCGGACAGCAUCGGCAGCGGGAGGGCCAUCCCCAUGAAGCAGGUGCGAUCCUCCCCGCGCCGUUCCCUCGUGUCCCCCCCGCACCCCCCUGCGCUCAGUGCUGGAUCCGCGGUGCCAGAAGCACACUGAGGCUCUGGAGCGUGU